CCGGCUCCGCCCCUUGCUGGAAAGGCUACGUAUUCAGCUCUGGAGGUGCCAUCCCGGGCCGCGACUCCGCUCCAGGCAGGACCCCCAACCCGCCCAGCCCGCUCCGCCUUGCGCCCCGGACCCGCGGCCGACCCCAGACCCGCUGCCCGCUUCGCGCCCGAGGCCUGCGCCCCGACGGACGCCCGUGCCCAGCUUGCCACGCCCACGCCCGGCGCCCCGUCCGCGGAGGACUCCCCGAGGUGCCGGCGCAGGGGGUGGCUCGCGGCUCAGGCUGCCCCCGACGUGCCCGGCUCACCGCCCCCGCCCCUGCAGCCCCGCCCGCCAUGGCCCGGAUCCCGACGGCCGCCCUGGGUUGCAUCAGCCUCCUCUGCCUGCAGCUCCCUGGCUCGCUGUCCCGCAGCCUGGGCGGGGACCCGCGACCCGUCAAACCCAGGGAGCCCCCAGCCCGGAGCCCUUCCAGCAGCCUGCAGCCCAGGCACCCCGCACCCCGACCUGUGGUCUGGAAGCUUCACCAGGCCCUCCAGCCACAGAGGGGUGCCGGCCUGGCCCCUGCUAUGGGUCAGCCUCUCCGGGAUGGUGGCCGCCAACACUCGGGCCCCCGAAGACACUCGGGCCCCCGCAGGACCCAAGCCCAGCUCCUGCGAGUGGGCUGUGUGCUGGGCACCUGCCAGGUGCAGAAUCUCAGCCACCGCCUGUGGCAACUCAUGGGACCGGCCGGCCGGCAGGACUCAGCUCCUGUGGACCCCAGCAGCCCCCACAGCUAUGGCUGAGGUGGGGCCGGGCCACACCCCUGCCCAUCCCAGCCAGGGUGCUGUGCCCCCGUCCAGAGCUGCAGCUGAGCCCCAUCUGAAGCCCAGUCCCUCGGAGCUGCAGACAGCAGGUCCUGCAGCAACGAUACCUGCACGGCUUUGCACACGUAAACCUAGGCUGGUCUACACGCAGUGCUGGUACGUCAAGGAGCCUAAACACCCUGAAAUUGUGACCCCCUGGGGGACAGCUGCCAGACACAGCUGGCGGCAGCACCAGAUGCUAAGCGCUUCAGAGAGGAGGUGUCUGCCCAGAGACGUGGAGCAGAAGCUGGGCCCUGAACACACGGGGCCAUGUCUGGACGAGCAGGGGGGAGAGGCUGAAUUGGCCAGAAGUGGCCCCUCUGCUGCUGGUCCAGUCAGACUGAAGCCCGGCCUUGUGCCUGGGCUGUUCCUGCUCUCAUGCACAACCAGCCCUUCCACGUGCCUGCCUCUGGGACAGGAGGGGGAGCGUGGGAUGCUGUAGCCCCCAGGGUUGGGCAAGGGAAGGAUGGUGGCCCUCCAGAGGUCAUGAAGGGACCUCUGUGGCUCCAGCUGCCAACCCUGGAGCCCAGACCGAGGUGGCCAUGGAGACUCCACCUGGAUCCCCUGUGGGAGGCCAGGGAGGGGGACUCAGCAGUUCAGGAGCCACCCCAAACCAUUCUGGGACAGGGACACCCCUUUCUACCCCAGGGCAGGGCAGGGCUGGGUGGGGCAAGAUCCCCCAGCCCAAAUAGACCCCCCCCCACCUGAAGGGGGUGAGACCCUUGUUGGCAGCCAGACAAGGGUGGGGCUCCACAGGCAGCACAGGCGCCCCACCACCACCCAGUUUGGGGACCCAGUGGGACCAGGUGCGGGGGCAGAGGGUGACUUGCCAAGAGCCAGGGAGGGCAGCCCAGGCCCAAAUGACAGCAAGAACAAGAACCACUGCCGGCGUGCACAGACUUGGUGUGUGUCCUUCCCUGGGGGGACGGGGGACUCACAUGUGCCUGCCACUGGAGCCUCCCAACCGUCCAGCAGAACACGGGGUUCAGAAAGGGCUCCUUCUGCUACUUAGCGAACACUGAGCAUUUAAUUUGCACAUGUUUGCUAGGGUCACCCUCUCGGCCAUCCCACGAGGGUCGCCAUGAUCACCCCAACUCUAGAGGCCGCAGCAGAGCUCAGGACAUUCCCCCACAGAGCUUGCCCCUCAGCUCCUACCUCCAAGGGGGAGGGUCCUGGAAGCGCCCACCCAGGCGCCGCCCCUGUGCUUGCUCCCUGAGCUCAGGGAUUGCCGAGUCCAGGUAACUGACCUGUACUCCAUGAGGCCCUGUGGGAACAGUCUAGGCCAGUCCUGCCCUGUGGAGGCCUCCGUGCACUGAGAGAUGUACUAGGGUUGCAGCAAAGGUGGUCAGGGUGGUGGGCCGCACAGCGAGGCAGUCAAGGCCAGCUCCCUGGGAGAAGCACUGGGUCAGGUGAGGUCUGAGGACAGCAGGCCUUCCCUAGGGGAAGGAGCUGGGAGUGCCAAGGCCCCAGGUGCACAGGAGGCGUGGCUGCUGAGAGGCUGCAGGGUGGAGGGGCCUCGGCCUCAGAGUCCUGUGCCCUGUGACCACUGAAGGGUGUCAGCAGAGCACACGGCAUGAGGACAGAGGGAGGGGCAUGGGGAGUGAAGGAGGGGGCCCUGGGGCAAGGCUGGGGGGUCAGGAGCUCAGCAUCUGCUACUCAGCCCAGCCAAAACCCUCCCAGACGUCUCCUCUCCUGCCUGGGCAAAGUCCAGCUUGGCACCCCGUCUGGGGCCUGCCUGUGGUCAGGGCCAAGUGUUCCCUCCUCCAGGAAAGCCUUUAUCCUCCUCAUGCCCUGUAGUCAGAAGGCCGCCUGCUGUAACCCUCCGCGUCGCCUCGGGUGCGAAAUCAGACCCACCUGACACCAUCACGCGGAGGCCCAGCAGCACCUGCACCCACCCCCACCUUCCCCAGCAACCACUUCCAGCUGCUCUGGCCAAAACCUCUGCUCGGCCGGGCCCCGUGGCUCACACCUGUAAUCCCAGCACAUUGGGAGGCCAAGGCAGGCACAUCACCUGAGUUCAGGAGUUCAAGACCAGCCUGGCCAACAUGGUGAAAUCCCGUCUCUACUAAAAACAGAAAAUUA